AUCCGGGGAUAAUGGGCCAUAAUUGCCGGAGGCUUUCUGAGUUUCUGGGAAAAAGCUGGCGGCGGGCCUGACGUCACGUGCCAACUGUUGCAAAAUCCAGCGAACUGCGAUUCGAAUUCCGAUUCCGACCAACACUGCCCCCCAAAAGGUUGUCAACUCCUCCGCUUUUCCCAUCCCAUUCCCAUUCCCAUUCCAACUGGAGGGCAUUACCUUUAUCUGGCACUCGACUCGGGGGCAAAACCAACGCAAUCCAUCUCGGCAUCUCCAUUUGUGCAACUGUCCCAGAGAAAACUCAUCCGAGAGUUAGGGAUUUUAGCUUGUUCAGAAAACAGUGGUCUGAACAAUAAAAAAAUAUUAGUACUUAGAUAUUUCAGUGGAUUACAGCCUACAAAAAAUAUGUUAUAUUACAUAAUUUCUAACUGAAGGAAUAUAUUUAAAAGCAUUAAUAUAAAAAGUGGCUUCUUAAUUAUUAGAAUAAACAGAUUUUUAAAUACUAAAGCAGUUAGGGCUUAAAAAAUGCAUAUGCUUCAAUUUAAAUUCUUAGGUUUUGAUUGUUACUAUUCAUUUAAAAAUACUUAAUAUCUUAGAGGAUUACUUUUAACUAAGAAGUAUUAAAAUAUUUGAAGACAAUUUAUGAAUCGGAAGUAUAACAUUAUUAAAAAUUAUUUUAUUUUUUUUGUAUGUUAUAUUAUUUAUUUUUAUUUUGUAUUUGUUAUAGAGCAUUUUGUAUUCGUUGCUUUUCGCUGAGGGAAAACUGUAAUCUUUCUGCUGUGUUGUUGUCGUGCUACAAGCUUAUUAUAAUUAAGCAAUUUAUUUAAUUUCUAAUUAUUUCUUAUCCUCCGCAUGACAACUCUGUGAAAAAAAUUAUAUAAAACCGACAACCGCAGGCGGACGGAGGUGCCUGUUUUGGCGGAAGAACCGAAGAGGAAAAAAGUCGAGAUAGAUCGCUUUUAGCCGAGCCUCAGAUGCAAAGAUACGCGGCUGCCGAGAUACAAAGAUACAGAUACAGAUGCACAUGCCGCCAAAGACUUGAAACCGCCUUGUGAUUUAUAUUUACUUUUGUUUAUAAUUUAAUUUGCUGUGUAUGUUUUUGUUCCCUCUCUUUAUGUUUUUUUUUUUUUUUUUUUUUUUUUUUCGCCUAACUAUUUUUAACUUAUACUAAGUUAACUUGCUAAGCCUCUAAGAGGUCUUAAUUUGUUGCUGUAUUUUUGGUUUUUGUUGCUGCUGGGAAUGUAACCUGCUGUGGCUGAUGUCUUGCAACGAUUAUGUUACACGAUAAUUGGCCGCAAUUACGAUCGGAGUGGUAGUGUUGGGGUUCAAAGUCAGGGUCAUGGGGUGCUGUGAUAUUGCCGACAAGUUCAUUGAGCAUUAGACUAUAUAUUUUUUGGCGUGCAUGCAUACAAAAAUUCGUAUCCGAAAUGGCCAGCCAGAAAAACGAACCGAUCAUGGACUGUGAAUUUGAGAUCCGUGGCAAUGUUCCCAAGGAGGCCUUUCAACUAUUUGCAUCCGCGCAGGCGAAAACCCUGGGACUCCGGGGAUUCAUCACCCAAGUCAACGAAGGGCAAUACAGGGGUCAGCUGCAGGGCGAGGGCAAGGUCAUCGAGGCCUUCAAGAAGCUCAUUCUGGCCGCCGCCGAAUAUGUGCAGGCCAUCAAGGAGUUCAUCAUCAAAAACCUAAAGGUCAUUCAGGAAUAUACCUACAAGACCUUCGAAGUUAAGAAAAUAACCUGUGAAGCUGCAGAAAAUUCUCAUGAGAUCAUAAUGAUUGUUCGAUGGCUGAUUUAUGCAAUUCCCCAAAUGACCCGUGAGUUCUGUUCUUCAAAGCCGACGGCUCCUCAACUUGUUCUAGGGCCAAUCGUGACCAAUAAGCUAAUGAUGUUAUGUCCGAGGGAGGGGCUAACCUUGUGGCCAUCGCCGAUCGGAUAUCGCAUGCCUCGGAUGCAUAAUCCAGCGAUGUUGAUGUUCCCGGCCGCUUGGCAUGCAAAUCGGAGACAUGAUCGCCGCCUCGAUCGACACGAUCCAAACAUACUCCAAACAUACGACCACGGAUGGUUAUUUAUGCACUCGCGGAUACGAUUGCCGAUUCGAUCCCCGACUUCCCCGACUUCCCCGACUUCCACGACUUCCCAAACUGGCCGCCACUCAACUCAGAUAAUGUAUCUGCAAUGAUAUAUGGACGGCUAAUCUAUCAUGGCCCAAGCAACGUUACAAUUUUAUGGGUCAAUUUGCGGACGGCCAUUAGCAGAAUGUGUGUGUGCAACAGGUAGCCGGGUAUCUGUUUGUCUACUAUAUAUGCUACACGGACAAAAAUCUAGCACCAUCUGACCUAUCUCGCAGAGAAUUAAAUAUGAAAUUACUAAUUGAUUGAGUUUUUUCCAAGAGUUUCCUUCGUAAAAGCCGUUUUUAAAUGAAAAUUGUUCACACCA